AUGGGCUGCUUGGGAGGAGUUCCCACACAUAAUGGGCAGAUUGUGGAUCAUGCCAUGCCUACGGGCUUCCGCUACAAGUUAUGGCUCUUGGCAGCCAGCAUGAGUGAAUGGAGAGAAGUUCUGCCGGACAAGGCGCGGCAUUGCUUGGACUUCGACUUUGAGUACAGCGUGAAGUUCGAAGCCAAACUCACACCUUUCGAGGUAGGCCCUGCGGCUUGGAUGUGUGAGUUCGCACGGUUGCCCCGGAGAAUCGUCCAAUCACCCAACAAGCUUUCAACUGAGAAGUUGGGCACUGCCGGGGCAGAAUACAUCUACGGAAGAAGCAUUUGGGUUCGAGACCGCUUUGGUUUUCCACCAGAAGAGGUAGAAGACAUGGAGCAUGAGAUCACCCUGGAGGUUUCGGAGGCCUGCGUCUUUCGCGCCACCACUCACCACUCCGAUGGGGUGGACAUCCACUUGAAGCUCACUGUCCAAGGUCAGGAGAAGCAACAAGUGUGCAAGAGCAUCAAACAUCCUGGACCAGUUCCACGUCAAAGUGUUUUCUGCCUUCUCCAGCCAGGCACUUAUUCCUUGACCUUCUAUGCUGAGUAUCCGCUGGGAGGUUUGCACCCUUGCAGUGACUUCUUUGCACAGGUGGGGCUGCGCCCAAUGGCCCUGACGGAUCAAAGCAAGCGGCAAAGUUGCCUUUCGCAGGCCAGUGACAUGAACAGCCUCCAGGUGCAGCGUAACCUGGAGUUAGCCACACAGCCGCACUGGACGAGCAUAAAGGUGCCCAUUGAUGUUGCCGGCCAAUCGGCCAUUACGCCAGUGUGGCAUCAACAGCUGAGCGUCUCGGAGCAGGACGCUUCGCACCAGCUGUACAUUCGCAUGGUGCUCCAUUCAGACUACAUCUCCAGCGACUUGCGAUUCCAGGUGAAAUUUGAAGGCCGGAACGUGGCAGACAACCAGGUCACUGCCCAUGGCUAUGCCGACAUGAUCGGCCCACUGGAUGCUGGUUCCUACCGGUUGAUGAUGUACUACGUGUCGGGGGCUGGUUCGACUUCGAAGUUCCAGCUCUGUAGCAACUCUUUGGUGGAUCUGCGGCUGAUCUCCAAAGCCAUGUAUGCCAACAAGACGGAGGAGUGGAUGUGCACGUCCACGCGUGUGCCGAUGCCCGACACCUUGUCGCCGCAGGCAGAUGAGCAGGUCUUGAUCGAUUCGGAAUACAUGGUACCCUCCGAGGGGAAGCAGAGCAUCACAGUGAAGGUGGCGGAUUCGCGGCUGCUGCGAAUCAAGGCCGGCUCGCCGAGCCGAGCUCGUGCCGUUGCAAAGGCUUCGGCCAGCUAUGGCACGCCGGAGCAUGCGGAGGCUCUCGAACGUCCUUUUGAGUGGCACCAGCGGGGUGAACCGUUCCAGCUCUUGCUGACCACCAUCAUCAGCGUGGCAGGGCAGUAUGCUGCACUGGGCGUCAUCACGUUGACGGUUUAUACCUCCAACACUUUGUUCGUGAAAUGCGAUAGUCGCCAGCAGCCCAUCGCCGUGGCGCUGGCCUGUGAAUGCACGAAAGCCAGCAUGCGUUCCUUUGUUCUGCUGGCCAUGGUCAUCUCUUUGCUCAUUGCGCUUCGCCAAAUCGCACGACAAAGGCUCUACUACGUCAUGCUGCGGCGAGGCGUGAUGCUGGACUUUGAGACCGUGUCCCCCAUCCACGAUCCUCUCUUCAUUCUCUUAACGGUAUGUUCCCUGUCACAUUGCCUGAUCGUGGCCUGGCAAUUUCACCAUGAUGAGAAGAGCUUUAAGGACUUCAUGGUUUUCAUAAAUACCAUAGUCACCCGGUACUUGGCCCACUCCUGCGUAUUUCUGGCCUUUCUGGCGACAGCCUAUGAUACAGAAAAUCAACUCUUGCCUCUGAGCAAGUAUGUGGAAGAAGAUCCGCAAGCUGCAAAGUGUUUGAUGCAUCACAUGGUGGUGAUUUCUGAAGAUGCAGCCUCCAAAGCUGUGGAGAACGGGCUGCAUCUUCCCUCGAAGGCCACCUCGCAGCAGGUCUAUGAAGCUUUGGUGAAUGCAGCUCAGAAUCCAGAGGGGAGCAAGGUUGAGGCCGGCACCAGCUUGCUCGAGAGGGCGGACCAAUUCCUGAGCAAAGCGAAGCCGGACCAGUACGCCAAGUUCGUGCAAGAGAUGUGGCCCGCACGGCUCUUGUUGGAUCGCAGGCUUGAGGAUGAGGACAGCAGAAGGUUCAAGAAGGUGUGGUACUUCAUCAGCGGAUUUUCGCUGCCCUUGACUCUUUUCGUUUUCAUCUUCUUUGUGCGGCAAGUCCGAAUCGAUCUCAUUGACGUGGAAAACGGACAGAUUGAAGACUUGGGAGGAGUUGGGAUCGCUGUGGUGUACGCCAUCUACACCUUUCACCUGCUGACGCACGUUUGGACGUUGUUGUUUAGCCCCGGUGCCAAGGGAGGCACAGAUCGCGGCUCCUGA